AUGGAGGCUCCCGAGCACUGGCGACCGCGUGCGAAGUACGUCAAUCUCUACCUUAACGAAGAACAAUCGACGGCAGAUGGUGCCACCGAUCACGCAGCCAAAGAGGCAGAUGCCAGACUCGAUUUGCACGGCUUCAUCGAGCGCAAGCUAAAGGAGGGACUCGUGCUGAAGGACCCCUCGGCUCGCAAGGAGGCGCGGCUGUGGCUGGGUGCCACCCUGGGCCUGCUCGAUGCCGACGACCCGCGCCUCAAGCAUCGCUACUUCCUCCCCUUCCUGCGCAGCGGCAGUUCCGAGCACCGCGAACGCCACGAGUCGAAGCCCACCGCCUUCGCCCACGCCUUCGCCGCCACCACAACGGCGCGGGCGCUCCCGAUCGCGUUCGCGCUCGUUCUCGCCCUACGCUCGCAAUCGCUCGCGUUCGCGCUCCUGGUCUCGAGAACGUUCGCGAUCACGUUCGAGACGCCGCUCGCGAUCGCGGUCGCGCUCAUUCUCGCCCUACUCUCAGAACCGCUCGCGUUCGCGCUCUCCACCGCCCGCUCGCAAGCGUUCGCGCUCUCGUUCGCGCUCACCUCAGCGUCGUGUCCGUUCGCGAUCGCGCUCUCCCUCGCCACGCUCUCGCCGUUCCGCCGCCGCGCGCGCCCGUUCUCGAAAACUGAUCGCCGAGUGAAGGGCGCGGCGGCGCUCGAGCACUACUGCCUCGCCGAGCGCGACCACGUGUGGAACAAGCUCGUGUGGCGCACGGGCAUCCCCGUGUCCCCCGUCAUCGCCGUGCAGACUCGCGCGCGGUUGGCGGAACUCGACCCUGUGGGAUCCGUACGGUCCAUGCUAGCCAGGGAGGCGGCCUUCUUCGCCAGCGAGCCGUUCCAGCGCAGCGUCGAGGACGGCGGGUUCCUGAGCCUCGACUACGACUACUUUGCUACGUUCAUCGAAGAGUCGAUCCGCUCCACCACCGCCUCCGCCGGUGCUGGCCACGGGAGGCAGACGCGGGAGGAGCACGAUCAAGCAAUGGAGCUCCGAGUCGCCCUCGAGGACUUCGUGGGCGGCGAGUCCCUGCAGAAGCUGUGCGACCACUUCCUGCCCUACCUGCACGACGACGCGCUGUUCGAUCUCGUGCGGGACGUGCGAGACCACCACCGCCACCGACGGCGGCGGCACGACAGCAGCAGAGUCGGAGAUGGCCACGACGAGGAUCUGCUGCAGAGCGAGCUUGCCCAGUUCGUCAUCGUGGAGUGUAGGUGGAGAGAGCUGGACGAUCUGCUGUUGGCCAACGCGAUGGCCUUCUUCGCCGGACGGCUGGUCAAGCAUCUCACCUCGGGGGAAGGCGAGGAGCUGGGCGACUCCAUCCUGGCCCACCUCGAGAAGCAACGGCUCACCCUCGCCUCGCGCGACGAGAAGGCCAACGAUGCCCGCGGCCACUGGGCGCUCCGGCGCCGCCUGUGUAGGCGUCUUCCCGACGGAGACCGCGACCACGACAGGAGAAGCGAGAGGAGAAGGGAAGACGACGAAGCCGACGUGCGGCGACGGCAGUGCCGGUUCAUCUGCGCGGAGGCGUUCCUGCUGCGCUAUCGGCUGGCGCUGGACUUCGUGGACGAACGGUCGUUGAAGAAGAUCAUGACCAACGAGGGCAUCGCCUUCCGGCCUGUCUACGUAAUGACCGAAAGGAAGAGGCGAAAGGGUAAGGGCAAGAGCAAGACGGAGAAGAAGGAGAAGACAAAGAAGAAACUCGUAGGCUGGCGAUUCCCUUCUGCCUCGUCCACCAACGCCACUGCAGACGAGGAGAAGAAGAGGAGGAGAAGCGACGGCGAUGUCGGUGGAGAUGACGACGACGAGAUGGCGGGUGGGCUCACCUACGGCGUGCCAGACACACCGGGCUACAUCGUGGGCAGAUUCACACGCAGCGCUCUAUACAGCUUUCGCACGCACCCACGCGGUUCGUGA